CGGGGUCCUUUCUCUCUCUAUAAAAGGGGCUGCUAGGGCCCGCGGGCCGCUCCAGAGGAGGGAUGGAGGGCCCGGGAGGGGGGUCGUUCGGCCGCGGGCACCAGCAACAGCAGGCCCAGGCUUCACCUACCCCGAGCCCCGAGCAGGUGCUGGCCGGAUUCAACAAACUGCGGCAGGAGCAGCGGGGCCUGGCGGGCAAGGGCGCCGAGCUGGAGCAGGAGGUGGCGGAGCACGGGCUGGUGAUCGAUACGUUGGCAGAAGUGGAUCCCGACCGGAGGUGUUUCAGGAUGGUCGGAGGCGUGCUGGUGGAGAGGACUGUCCGAGAGGUGCUCCCGGCACUGGAGAGUAACAAGCAGCAGGUAGGCUGCCCCGUGGAUGGGGACUGCCCAGUCACAGAAGCCCCGCGUAUUCUCAUGGCAGCCAGAGGUGGACAUGAGAAGACCCUUGGUCUGGAAUGUAGCCGGACGGCCGAUCUAAAACUUUACGCCGUUAUUCUUGCCAAAGUGCGGCCAGGCUUGCUGUCGCUAUCCUUGGGCUCCUCUUGUUAUUGG